AUGAAUUAUCAAAGAAUUUUCUUAGUCUUUAUUUUAUUUAUUAUUCAUUGUCACGGUGUCAAAGAUAAAUUUGUUUCCAUUACACUUGAUGCCAAAUGGCUAGAUACUCCAUUGCAUCAAGAAGCAAGUGAAUUUCUUGCGACACAGAAUAAACAAUAUUUUUGGUCAUUGAUCAACGAUGUUAGCUCAUUUGACUCAUUCACACCGGACGCACUUGGUUCAGCAAAGAAUUAUCAUGACCAACUGCUGUCGUUUAGUAGUCGAUAUUUAAAUACUAUAACUAAUAACUUAUUACGCAUGGCACUUGCUCUUCGAUCUUACUCACCAGGUGUUCAAAUGAUGCGUCGAAUGGCACAUGAUACCGGUAUGACACGGCAAUGUUCAACAUUCGUAGAUAUACAUGGUAUUUACACGUGUAAUGUCGAAGAAGUCGAAACACUAGUUGAAUCUGUCGGUGAUCGAUCGAAAUUUUUAUUGCCAUUCGAUCAUCACUUUCCUGGCAAGUCGGAUGAUGAAAAUAAACCGGUUGCAACUGUUGUUCUCUACGGUGAUUUUGGUAAUCAGAAUGAAUUUCGAUCAUUUCACAGUAAACUUUCUUCAUUGGCAUUGAAUGGAAAGAUUGAUUAUGUUCUUCGUCAUAACAGCCAGUCGUCAAACGAAAAUCGACGAAAAGUUCGUUUAGCUGGCUAUGGAGUCGAACUACAAAUUAAAAGUACAGAGUACAAAGCAACAGACGAUUCAAAAAUUCGUGAUGAUCAAACGAAUGUAACUGCUGCUAAUGAAGAAAAACAAGAAGAAGCAAUUCAUGGUUUUAUUUUUUCGAAACUCAAAGAACUUCAUCCUGAGAAACAAACAGAAUUAAAUGAAUUUCGUACUUAUCUUCUUGAUGGUUCGGAUCCAAUGACACCAUUGAAAGCAUGGCAAAUGCAAGAUCUCAGUUUACAGUGUGCAUUCCGUGCAUUAUCUGAAAAAACACCCGAAGCAGCAUUUAACACAUUAGUAGAAUUAUCUCAAAACUUUCCAUCCCGUGCUCGUCUUUUAUCGAAAGUCAAGAUCGACUCGUCAUUUCGUGAUGCUCAUCGAUCAAAUCAAGAUGAAUUUCGUAAUCAGAUGGAACUUGAAGCUGGUCAUUCUAGUUUAUUUAUUAAUUCAAUUCCUCAAUCAUUGGACACAAUUGAUCUCUAUGUUUUACUUAAUACACUAUUGAACGAAGGACAAAUGAUGGAACGUCUUCAUAUGAUUGGUUUAAACAAAACUCAUACACGACAAUUACUUACCAAUGAAUUAAAUAUCCAAGCGAUCAAUUAUAUUUUAGAUUUUCGUCAUCCAGCAAUCUUUUGGUUGAAUGAUCUGGAGAAAGACUCACAAUAUUCUAAAUGGCCUUCGAGUUACUACGAUUUGUUACGUAACAACUUCUUCGGUGGUCUUCGUACAAUACGAAAAAAUCUUUACAAUCUCGUUUUGGUCAUCGAUCCAUCAGACAUCGAUACUUCGUAUGAAUUGAUGAAAAAUAUUGAAGCGUAUUUCGUUCAUGAAUUACCUAUACGGAUUGGUGUCGUGUUUAUUACUUCUGAUGAAUAUAGUAUUCAACUUUAUCGCGCAUUUCGAUAUCUUCUGAAGCAACAUGGAAAUCCCGCACGCGCAUUGUCUUUUGUGAACGAGUUAUACAAAAGUAAAAACACGGAUGUGAAACAGGUCUUUUCGAAGAAAGCGAAAUAUUCCGGCAGUUUGACAUCGAUUUUUGACGAUCCGAAUCCAUUCGAGACUGAACGUCUAGAAAUGAACGCAUAUUUCGAACAGAGCGGUCUUUCCCGUGGUAAUCCGCACGUUCUAUUCAAUGGAAAUCCGUUGACUGCUGAUGAAUUGCUACCUACUGCAUUUGAAGAUGUCAUCACAACACGAAUGUUAAGAAUGCAAUUCGAUAUUCAACAACAAGUUUACCACGGUCAAUUGCGAGAUUCCGAUAAUAUCAUCGAGUUAUUAAAUACUAAACCCAACGUAGUUAAACGUUUAAAUCAACGAAUCUUUGGACAAACAGGAUCGAUGCCAACUGUUUAUAUCGAUUUGUCAAUGACUGAUGGUCAAGCAAAAGAUGUGUUCGAUGCGGAAAAGUUUCGAACGUUAUCUGUUCGAGAGCAAGCAGCAGUUAUCAUGUCGAGUAUGAUCUAUCUAGGCAAAAAGGAUGAAUUAGGACAACCACUCUAUCCGAUUACACUGUGGAUCGCAUGUGAUCUUGAUCGACCUGAGGGACGGCAAUUGUUUUUGAAUGCAUUGCUUUACUUGAAGAGUCAUACACAUGCUAGAUUAGGUUUACUGGCAUCAUUCGAUUCGGAAUCUAAUCUGGGUAGCCAUCCGAUCACCAAAGCUGUUUAUACUGCUACAAAAUUGCUUUCACCACCGAUCGCCCGUACAUUUAUUACGAAAUUACUGAAGGAUGAAAGUGUUAUUGAAGAUUUACUAGCAAAACGAAAAUCUUGGUCAGAUGUAACUGUCAGUGGUUUAAGUGGUGAAACACUUGAACAAGAACUAGCUACAUUCGAUGAUAAUAUUUUCCGUUCGCAUUCGAUUUUUAUCGAACAAGGUCUGAAUUUACCUCGUGGUUCACGAGCUGUUCUUGUCAAUGGACGCAUUCUCGGACCACUACAUAACAAUGAACAGUUUACCGAAGAUGAUUUCAUUCUUUUGGAUAAACAUCUAUCAACAACCAUCAACGAUCGUCUCGUUCGUAUGGUAAACAAAUUACAACUGUCAAACGAUCCAUCUGAACUCUCCAAUCUUCUCAUGCGUAUAUCAUCGAUUGUUAGUCAAAAUGAUAAGAGUUCAACGCCUGUCACACGAAAACAAACACCACGUAUAUCAACCACAUCCAAGGCGGUACUUCACCUUCCAGCCGCCCACGCUGACGAGCCAGCCUUCUUAGUCGAAGCCAUUAUUGAUCCAGCAUCUCGUGACGGACAACGCUUAUUAGCUUUACUGUCCGCUCUACGUCAAUCAGUCAAUAUUGAUCUGACUAUUUAUUUUAACUGUAAAUUACAAUUAUCCGAAAUGCCGUUGAAGAGUUUCUAUCGUUACGUUUAUGAUAUCAAUUUACAACAAAUGCCCAGUGCAUUGUUCCAGUACGUACCUGAAACACCCAUCUUAACAUUAGGUAUGGUCACACCAGAAUCGUGGAUGGUUGAAGCAGUUACAUCGCCGUAUGAUUUGGAUAACAUACACUUGAAAAAUGUGCCCGUUGGUGUAAGUGCCAAUUUUGAAUUACAAUAUUUACUCAUUGAAGGACAAUGUUUUGACGAAACUCAAAGUUAUCCACGUGGUUUACAAUUGAUUUUGGGAACAAAUCGAACGAAAAAUAUGUUCGAUACUAUUGUUAUGGCGAAUCUGGGUUAUUUCCAACUGAAAGCAUUUCCAGGUGUAUGGCAUUUAAAUUUACGUGAAGGUCGUUCCGACGAUAUCUACACAAUCGCAUCGCACGAUAAUACCGAUUCGUCGACACGAACGAGUCAACCAGUGAUCGUUGCUAUACGUUCAUUUGAUGCACGAUGGAUCAAAGUUUAUGUUGCAAGAAAACCCGGCAAAGAAAAUGACAAAUUGCUCGAAGAUGAUGGAUCUGAAGAUGCUUCGGCUGGCGGUGGUAGUAUAUGGGAUUCAUUCAGUUUUGGAGGCUCACCAUCGGGAUCGGUUGGAACAAAAAUCGACGAAGUAUCCGAUGAUACGAUCAAUAUUUUCUCAGUUGCUAGUGGUCAUCUGUACGAACGGCUAUUGCGUAUUAUGAUGCUAAGUGUUCUCAAGAAUACGAAGAAACCAGUGAAGUUUUGGUUCUUGAAAAACUUUCUCUCACCUAUAUUUACCAGUUUCUUACCUUAUUACGCUCAACAUUAUAACUUUACUUAUGAACUUGUUCAAUAUAAAUGGCCAAAAUGGUUAACAGUUUAUCCCACAGAAAAACAGCGUGUUAUUUGGGGUUAUAAAAUCCUUUUCUUAGAUGUCUUGUUUCCAUUGGAUUUGAAAAAGGUUAUUUUCGUCGACGCGGAUCAAGUCGUCCGAGCUGAUAUGGCUGAGCUGCGUGAUCUAGACUUACACGGUGCACCGUACGGUUAUGUUCCAUUCUGUGAAAAUCGUCGUGAAAUGGAUGGUUAUCGAUUUUGGAAAUCGGGGUACUGGGCUAGCCAUUUAGGCCAUCGACGUUAUCAUAUCUCAGCACUUUAUGUCAUUGAUUUGAAGAAGUUCCGUAAGAUAGCUGCUGGUGAUCGUCUUCGUGGUCAAUAUUACGGUUUAAGUCAAGAUCCGAAUUCAUUAUCGAAUCUUGAUCAAGAUUUACCGAACAAUAUGAUUCAUCAAGUCAACAUUUAUUCUUUACCUGAAGAAUGGCUCUGGUGUGAAACAUGGUGUAAUGAUGAAUCGAAGAAACGUGCCAAAACAAUUGAUCUGUGCAACAAUCCACAAACCAAAGAAUCGAAAUUAACAGCAGCAACACGUAUCAUUUCGGAAUGGACAGACUAUGAUCAAGAAAUAAAAAAUCUAAUCAAUCAAUGGGAGGAAGCCGGCAAGCCAAAAGUGACCUUAACAUCAACAGCAACCACCGAUGCAAAGAUUGUUGACCAUGGAGAUUCAAUUCAUACACAUGAUCCUACUGACUUUGACUGGUUGUUAUCUCAAAUAUAUUUUGUUUUGUUCGUUUCCGAUGCUGAUUAUCCACAAGAAGAAAACAAAUAUGUUCGUUUUGUUUUUCAUCAUGAUCAGAAGGUGAAGAGUGAAAUACAAAGCUGUUUUAUUAUCAAAUAA